ACCUCAGUGACAUCCUUAGAAUGCAGGGCCGGCAGGUCCAACUCGCCCUUUUUGCGACCAUUAAGAGGUCCCGGGAAUCAGGUCCUGGUCCAAAGUCCCAGCGCCCGUUAAAGCUCAGCAUCUGGGGGUUGUUACUGCUCCGGACCUUUUCUCGGCGUCGGGGACUCCUAGGUCACUGACAGCUCCACGAGGGCAGAGAACGUCGUCUGUUCUGUAACUGCAGUACCCCAACACCUAGAUUACUUCCGAACAGGAGGGCUAACCUCUUCUGGUCCCUUCCUUGCUUGCUGCUUUCUUCCUAUACGCCAAGCCCCUUUCCGCCUGCCUGCCCUCCACCCGGCAGCCCACGGCCGACUCUGGGCGGGAGUGAUCAAUGUUCUAAGCGUGGGAUGAAGUUAAAGGAUCUGGGGCUUUGCUGGAAGGCCUGCCUCCGUCAGGAAAGCAACGGCUGGGCUGAGCGGCUGCCUCUGGCAGGCACCCUGCCCCGGCCACGGGGCCGUCAGCCUCCUGGAAAAGUCCCCGAAUGGGGACCGAGCCUGCCAUCUGGAGUUGGUCGGCAGGAGCUUCCCGGCGGCACUUAAGGCCUUUCGGUCCCCGCCCGGCCCGCCACGCGCUGAGGCGCUGCGGAGCGCCCUCCGGUGGCCACCGGCCGCACUGCUCGAGACUGGUGGGGACGGCGGCGGCGGAAGGGGAGGAGCGGGGCUUGCGAGGUCGGGCGGCCAUGGCGGAGCCAGCGCGGGAGGAGCUCUCGGCCCUGGCCGCGAUUUUCUGCGGGCCCAACGAGUGGGAAGUGCUGAGCUGCUCAGAUGGGACCGUGUUCAAAAUUCUCACAAAAGCUGAAGGACUUACGGAUGCAGAUGUACCGUUAGAACUAGUGUUCCACUUACCGGUCAGUUACCCUUCAUGCCUGCCUGGCAUCUCAGUUCACUCUGAACACCUGACCAGGGCCCAGGCUGUGACUGUGAAAGAUAAGUUACUUGAGCAAGCAGAGAACCUUUUGUCAGGACCUAUGGUUCAUGAACUGAUUCUCUGGAUUCAGCAGAAUCUCAGGCACAUCCUCAACCAACCAGAAACUGGAAGUGGCAGCGAAAAGUGUACUUUUGCAACAAGUGUGACUGUGGGUGAUGGAUUGUGGAUGACCCUUUUGCAUUUGGAUCACAUGAGAGCAAAGGCCAAAUAUGUCAAAACUGUGGAGAAGUGGGCUUCCGAUUUAAAGCUCACAGGAAGACUGAUGUUCCUGGGUAAAAUAAUACUGAUUUUACUACAAGGAGACAGAAACAGCCUCAAGGAGUACCUGGUUCUUCAGAAAACCUCCAAAAUAGAUGUGGAUUCAAGUGGAAAGAAAUGCAAAGAAAAAAUGAUGAGUGUACUGUUUGAGACAAAAGUACAGGCAGAGCACAAAAGGUUUCUGGCAUUUGAAGUCAAAGAGUAUUCAUCGUUGGAUGCGCUACAAAAGGAGUUUGAAACUGCAGGACUUAUGAGGCUUUUCUCUGAAUUUGUACUUGGGCUGGUAAAAUGAAAUGGAGGACAGGAAUCUUUGAGUGAAAUAGCAGUGUUUUGCAUUUUUUUUCACUUUUUGUUUGUUUUUUUUUACAUUGGAUUUUGGGAGGCGCUAAUUGAAAUACGAGGGAACAAUUAAAAACUUUCUCUGAAGCAAAAUGAUAGUCACCAUCUUAACUUCAGGAAUGAAAGCCAGUUCUGUUUAUGGAAUAUGAAACAAUAAAAAUACCCAUGUAUUCUAAUUUUUGCCUAGUCUAAUUUUGUAAAGGUUGGGUUCAAUAAUAGAAUGUUAUUUGAAAGAUAAAUAUAAAAAGAUGAUGGUAAAUGAGCCCUUGUGUUUAUUCAGAGGAUUUGUUUGGCACUGUGCAAUUUUCUGGCUAAUUUUCUCAUAAUUAAAUCAGUUUUUAAAAGA